AUGUUCUCCGCAAGAUCUAGCUCUAGAAUCUGCCAGGUAUUCCGCCACCAUAGACCAGCCCGCCUUUUUUCUGCGAAAACAAGCUUUGCCGGAGACCAUGUUCGGAUCGUCGAAGUCGGUCCCCGGGAUGGGUUACAGAAUGAGAAGAAAGCAAUCCCUUUAACCACAAAAUUGGACCUCAUCGAAAGAUUAGCGAAGACGGGAUUGACCACGAUUGAGGCCGGCUCGUUUGUUCCAGAGAAGUGGGUGCCACAGAUGGCUAGUACCCCAGAAAUCCUAUCAUAUCUUCUCAAAACGCCUCCCAAGUCAUCUCACUCGAUCGCAUAUAACUACCUAGUUCCCAAUAUCAAGGGGCUUCAAAAUCUAGUUAACAUAAUGGACAAUGACAGUCCACCAGCCUCUGAAUCUUCCGACUCCAACACGCUUCCAAAGCCCACCACUGAGAUUUCCCUGUUUGCCGCUGCAACAGAAGCAUUCUCGAAAGCGAACACUAACUGCACUAUUGAAGAGUCCCUCGAACGCAUUCGGCCCAUAGUAGCUCUUGCCAAGGAGAAAAAUAUUCGCGUGCGCGGAUAUGUAUCCGUGGCGCUUGGAUGCCCCUAUGAAGGUCCUGAUGUCUCUCCUCACAAGGUUGCUGAAAUAACAGCUACUCUACUCGAAAUGGGCGCAGACGAAGUUUCCGUCGCUGACACUACGGGAAUGGGCACUGCACCUCGGACAUUAAAAUUGUUACAAACCCUUACCUCCGCUGGCAUUGCCAAUACGGAUCUCGCGCUCCAUUUCCACGACACGUAUGGCCAAGCGCUCGUAAACACCAUUGUGGGCCUGGAACAUGGUAUCCGCAUUUUCGACAGCAGCGUGGGUGGGCUUGGAGGCUGUCCUUACUCGAAGGGGGCUACUGGAAAUGUGUCCACGGAGGAUCUCAUUCACACUCUCCACAGUCUCGGAAUGCGGACGGGAGUCAACCUGGAGGAAAUUUCGAAAAUUGGCGCCUGGAUUAGUAACGAACUAGGCAGGUCGAAUGAUAGCAGAGCGGGGAAGGCCACUGUAGCUCGACUUCAGGGCUAA